AUGACUACUAGCUCAAAAUUAACACUUUCUGACGGAACUGAACUCUACUACAAAGACUGGGGUACUGGAGAACCUAUAGUAUUCAGCCAUGGUUGGCCCUUGACUUCUGAUGCUUUUGAAGACCAAAUGAUUUAUUUGGCACUGAAGGGGUACAGAGUGGUCGCUCACGACCGUAGAGGCCAUGGAAGAUCGUCGCAGCCUUGGAAUGGUCAUAAUAUGAACCAGUAUGCCGAUGACUUGGCUGAACUUGUCAAACAUUUGGACUUGAAAAAUGCUGUACAUGUUGGUCACUCGACGGGAGGUGGUGAAGUGGCAAGAUACAUUAGUCGCCAUGGUACUCUGAGAGUUCUGAAGGCUGUGCUUUUGGGUGCAAUUCCUCCCCUUAUGCUCAAAACGGAUGCAAAUCCUUCUGGAACUCCCAAAGAGGUAUUUGACGGUAUUAGGGCAAAUGUGUUGAAGGACAGAUCAAAAUUCUUCAAGGAGUUGGCAUUAUCGUUUUAUGGCUUUAAGGAGCAUAAUUCCGACACUGGGGGCUUAAUUGAUAGUUUUUGGUUGCAGGGAAUGCAAGGGUCCAUUAAAGCGCUUCACGAUUGCGUGGAGGCUUUCUCAGAAACCGACCAACAUGAAGACUUGAAAAAAAUGGAUAUUCCAACUUUGGUUGGUUAUGGUGAUAACGACCAAAUUGUUCCUCCUGGUCCUUCCAGUGAGGCGGCUAUCAAGCUUCUUCCACAGGCUACUGAAAAAGUGUAUCCUGGUGCGUCCCAUGGACUCUGUAGCACCCACAAGGACCAGGUCAGCAAGGACAUUUACGAGUUUAUCAAGCAGUAG